UAAAGUCAUUUAAAGUGGUUUGGUUUGAGGCGGGAGUUUUAUUUAUAUUUUUGUAAGAUAAGGAUGAGAAAAAUCAACAAAAUGUUGAAAAACGCUCAGAAAAUGUGCAUUUUAUGUCGUAGAUGUUACAGUGAUGUCUUGCCUACAAGUGAAAUCAAAGUAAUCAAACAGGAAAAAUAUAUAAAUGACAAAAACCAGGCACUCAGUAUCUCUAACCUCCAAGGAGUAAAAAUUGAAGAAAGUGCAAAUUCAAAAGAAUUUCGAGUUAACGAUGUGAAUAUACAAAUGAUAUCAAAGAACAUUUAUGACCAACUAUUCAAAGAUCCAGCUUUGAAAGUCAGUCCUGAUGUAAUUAAAAGUUGUCAAGAUGACCUCCAAAGGCAUGGUAUAGACUUCAGGAGCAUCUCCCACACACCAGAUGUGCAGUUGAAGCUGCCGCAGUUGGAGGGAAAGGAUAUUCUGGAGCAUUUCUACAAUAUAGGCAGUAAGCAAAGUGCUCCAUAUAAAGAGCUUCUGACGGUGCUGUCCACAUGUAUGCUUCCUGCUUUACCGGAGAAAUGGUUGAAUCACAAAGGCUGGACCAGGUACACAGCAAACAGAACUGAGUCGGUGGCGUAUCCCCCUGAUGAUGCCCUGAUCCUUGACGUGGAAGUGUUGAUGACGGCUGGCAAAAGACCUACCUUGGCCUGUGCUGUGUCUCCAGAUGCUUGGUACGGCUGGGUCAGUGAACCCUUAGCGAAUGAGGAGCAACACCAGAAGUUCGACAACGUGAGGUACGAGGACCUGAUACCUCUGGAGACGGACGGCUCGGAGCAGUUCCUGUCGGAGAUGCCUCAGCUGAGCCGGCCGCGGGUGGUGGUGGGGCACAACGUGGCCUACGACAGGGCCAAGAUCAAGGAACAGUACUGGUUGAACAAGACAGGGGUGCGCUUCAUGGACACGAUGUCGAUGCACACUUGCGUGAGCGGCGUCACCAGCUACCAGCGCACCGUGCUCAAGGCCAAGAACAAGGAGCCACACCCUUCUGAUGACGACUGGAUGGAGAUCAGCUCGCUGAACAGCUUGACCGAUGUCCACAAGCUGUACUGCGGCGCGGCGAUAGACAAGGAGAGCCGCGACGUGUUCGUCGAGGGCUCCCUCGAGGACGUGCGCGGCGACUUCCAGCGCCUCAUGAAGUACUGCGCCGCUGACGUCAUCGCCACGCACAACGUGCUGCGCGAGCUGCUGCCGCUGUUCCUGCAGCGGUUCCCGCACCCCGUCACGCUGGCCGGCAUGCUGGAGCUGGGCUCAGCCUACCUCCCAGUGAACUCAAAUUGGCAGCAGUACAUAGACUCAGCAGAAACAGUUUUCGAAGACCUCAAGCUAGAAUCGCGACAGAUCCUGUCGGCCAAAGCGGACGAGACGUGUCGCCUCAUGGAGAACCAAGCGUACAAAGACGACCUCUGGAUGUGGGACCAGGAUUGGUCGACCCAGACGUUAAAACUGAAAAAAAAUAUCGCCAAGAGUAAAAAGAACGAAAAAUGUGAUGCUAACAAAGACUGUAAUGAAAAUCAUGCUGCAAAAUCAAAAGAGACUAAUCGGAAUUUCAGCAUUCUAAGCGAAGAAUAUAUCGAAAGUUUAAAGAUACAGGUAGACUUAGAUCAAGAUGUGGAGGAGUUGAGUGAAAAGUUGGAGUAUUUGUAUGUGUUGGGCAAGUCGCUGCCGGUGAAAAGGCCGUACUUGGCGGGCUACCCCGCGUGGUAUAGGAAACUGUGUACGAAGCCCAGCAAGGAUCCCGAUUGGACGCCGGGCGCUAACAAUGUUACGACCAGUAUGCAGAUAACUCCUAAACUGCUGCGGCUCUCCUGGGAGGGCUACCCCCUCCACUACCUGCAGACGGAAGGGUGGGGGUUCCUGGUGCCGUACAGCAGGACGCAAGACGACACGAACGAUGAGCCUGCAGUGCCUUUGCACAAACUGCUGCAGACCUGCCCUUUGCUGAGCUGCAAGGAGAAUGAGUUUGAGGCGGAUAUACACAUGCUGCCUAACACUGUGGAGGAGGACUUGGGACGGCGAGCGUACUACGCGCGCAAGACGCGGGACGAGCAGGCGGCGGCCAACCAGUACCACGGGCUCGGAGUGUGGUGCGGUGUGCAGAUACAGGGUUGUUGUCACUUCCUGCGGCUGCCGCACAAGGACGGGCCCAAGUACAAGGUGGGCAACCCGCUGGCGAAGGACUUCCUCAACAUGUUCAGCCAGAACGUGCUCUCCGCGCGCGGCGACGACGCUGAGAAGGUGCUGUCGUUCGGGCGCAUGAUGUCGUACUGGCGCAACAACCGCGAGCGCGUCAUGGGGCAGCAGGUGGUGUGGCUGCCGCGCCGCCUGCUGCCGGAGCAGCUGAGGCGCUCGGCGCGACGCUACGGCGCCAUCGUGCCGCAGGUCGUGGUGUGCGGGACUCUCACUAGACGAGCGUCGGAGCCGACGUGGAUGACCGCAAGCAACGCGCACGCGGAGCGCAUCGGCUCGGAGCUGCGCGCUAUGGUGCAGGCGCCGCCGGGGUACAAGUUCGUAGGCGCCGACGUUGACUCGCAGGAGCUCUGGAUAGCAGCGCUGUUGGGAGACAGUGGUAUCGGGCUGUGCGGGGGCAGCGCCUUCGGCUGGGCAGUGCUGGCCGGGGACAAGCGCCGCGGCACCGACCUGCACUCGCUCACCGCUAGAGCCGCCGACAUCAACAGAGACCACGCUAAGGUCAUCAACUACGCCAGGAUAUACGGUGCCGGUCAAAACUUCGCCGAGCGUCUGCUGAAGCAGUUCAACCCGACCAUGACCAUAUCCGAGGCCAAGAGCAAAGCCGCCAAGAUGUUCAGCACCACCAAGGGCAGGCGAGUGUAUCGCCUCAAGACCAAGUACAUGGAAGGAUUCAUGGACGAGGAGUUGGGAGACCAGCCUCUGGAGAUGUCGGGCUACCAAGCGAUGCGCCUCGCCAAGCUGAGCGGAAAGAGGCUGGAGGAGAUGUUCGAGCGCGGGGCGUGGCUCGGAGGGACGGAGUCGCACAUGUUCAACAAACUGGAGGAGAUCGCAGAUUCAGAGUCGCCCGCGACGGCGUUCCUGUCGGGCCGGCUGUCGCGCGCGCUGGAGCAGGCGGGCGGGCGCUGGGGCGGCACGAGACUCAACUGGGCCGUGCAGAGUGCCGCCGCCGACUUUCUGCACCUCAUGCUCGUCAGUAUGGCCGAGCUCGCUCCUAGGGCGAGAUUUUGCCUGAGCUUUCACGACGAGGUGAGAUACCUGGUGGGCGACGAGCACAAGUAUGAAACUGCACUCGCCUUGCAGAUCACCAACCUGUUCACGCGAGCCUUCUGUUCACAGAGGGUGGGGAUACACGAUCUGCCGAUGUCGGUGGCGUUCUUCACGUCGGUGGAGGUGGACCGGGCGCUGCGCAAGGAGGCCACGCUGAGCUGCGCCACGCCCUCCAACCCGCACGGCCUGGAGAAGGGCUACGGGAUACCCAGCGGGGAGUCGCUGACGAUAUUUGAUGUCCUGGACAAAUGUCAUGCCAAUAAAUCAUCUUAAGAGACUA